AGAAUAGUUACAAAUUGUAGGAACUUACCAGGUGAAGAACUUCUUUCGUCUUUUCCCAAGAUUUACAAACAAGAUACUUGGAUUCCUGCAUGUUCGAUCGUCUCAUUCUAUCAGAGUGUUUCGGAAUCUGUUUAUACUGUGCAGUUUGUAAAGAGAGUUUAGAAAGUAAUAGCUUUCCGGGAAUUUUAGUUUCGAUUUUCAGAAACUAAACUUCCAUCACAUGAUCGAAACAAGAAUAUUUAUAUAUAUAUGUAUAUUGUACAAGUUAGUAACUCAUUAUCUGACAAUCACUAUCGCACAAUGGAAUUCUUCAGUAUUUUAAUACUAUUAUCACCCAUUGGCUUUUUGUAUGUCUUUAAAAGAAUAUUUCGAAAGGCAUACUUAAAAUCUAAAUCCGACAAAGUUAUACCGCUGAGUGUUAACUAUCAUUUUACUAGGCAGUGCAAUUACAGUUGCGGUUUCUGUUUUCAUACUGCAAAAACAUCUUACGUACUUCCAUUGUCGGAGGCAAAAAAAGGACUACGAAUGUUGACUGACGAGGGUAUGGAAAAGAUUAAUUUUAGUGGUGGAGAGCCGUUCUUAAAAGAUAAAGGAAAAUAUUUGGGCGAUUUGGUGAAAUUUUGUAAAAGCGAUCUGAAAGUUCCCAGCGUUACUAUCGUGUCAAAUGGUAGCUUAAUUACGGAGGAGUGGUUCCAAGAAUAUGGCUAUUUCUUAGAUAUAUUAGCUAUAAGUUGCGAUAGUUUUAAUCCUGAAACGAAUGAUAAAAUUGGCCGUCGAGCAGGGAAGAAGUCUCAUUUAGACAGUUUAAGGAAAGUUCGAGAAUGGUGUAUUCAAUAUGGGGUUGCUUUCAAAAUCAAUACAGUCGUAAAUACGUAUAAUAAGGAUGAAGAUAUGACAGAAGAAAUAUCUGUUCUAAAUCCCGUUAGAUGGAAAGUUUUUCAAUGUCUCAUUAUUGAUGGGGAGAACGCAGGUCAAGAUGCGUUACGUAACGCUGAGAAAUUUGUUUUGAGUCAUCAAGAAUUUGAAGAGUUUCUCAAGCGUCACUCAUCAGUAAAGUGUCUUGUUCCAGAGAACAAUGACGCGAUGAGAAGCUCUUAUCUAAUCCUAGAUGAAUACAUGCGAUUUUUGGACGGGGCUAAAAAGACUCCUGGAAAGUCUCUACUUGAUGUUGGGGUUCAAAAUGCCAUAAAUCAUAGCGAUUUUGAUGAGAAAAUGUUUUUUAAAAGAGGUGGAAAAUAUAUAUGGAGCAAGGCAGAUCUUAAACUGGAAUGGUAG